UCUCUAACGUACACAGAAUUGCCAAUUACCAUCAAAGCCGAAAAGAUACCAAAGAAAGGCGUUCGCAGGCCAUGCGAAAACGUUUUGGCGGAAUUGCAAUAUGAUGGACGAUUUCAAGGUGCCAGUUUCACCAGCCGCACCAGCCAGAAGCGAACAUUUCGACGAUGAUCCGAUGCCGACAGCUCCCAAGCCCAAAACGAACAGUGGCUGCCCCUACAAAGUGCCAAAAUGGUCGCAGGCGCCUCCAGCUGAACAGGAAUAUAGAUUCGAGGUGCUUAAGUCAGGUCAAAUCAUUGACGAAGUAAAGGAUCUGCAGCAGCAAGCCAUCUGGACCUUUGGCCGGCUGCCCGACAACGAUGUGGCCAUGGCGCAUCCCACAAUAUCGCGAUACCAUGCCGUGCUCCAGUACAAGCCAAAGGCAACUCAGGAGGAGGAGGACGCGGACAGCUCGAAGCCCGAUCAGCCCGAAGGCUGGUACAUCUACGAUCUGGGCAGCACACAUGGCACCUUCCUCAACAAACAGCGCGUGCCGCCGCGCGUUUUCAUACGAAUUCGUGUCGGCCAUAUGCUGAAGCUGGGCAGCAGCACCCGAGUCUAUAUACUGCAGGGUCCCGGCGACGAUGAGGAGCCCGAAUCCGAGCUGUCGGUAACGGAGCUACGUGAACAGCGGGAGCAACAAGUGGCGGCAGCGGCCGCCGAAAAGCAGCGCAAGGCACUUGAAGCCGAGGAGCGGGAACGUAAUGAAGGCGCCAGCUGGGGCAUGAGCGAGGACGCGGACGAGGAGACCGAUCUGGCGCACAAUCCGUACGCGAGCACCAACAACGAGGAGCUAUUCUUUGACGAUCCCAAGCGCACGCUGCGCGGCUUCUUCGAACGCGAAGGCCUCAAUCUUGAGUACAAAUGCGAUGAGCUGUCGCAAGCCUCGUUCGUUUGCCGUGUGGAGCUGCCCAUAGACGACUCCAAUGGCCGGCCCAUUGUUGUGGAGGUCACGCACAAGGGUCGCAAGAAAGAUUGCGUCGUGCAGUGCGCCUUGGAAGCGUGUCGCACGCUCGACCGGCACGGCGUGCUGCGGCAGGCGAAUCAGGAGUCGCAGAAGCGCAAGCACCCGAUGAAAUCCGGCGACUCCGAUGACGAGGACGAGUUCUGGGAUCGCACGGGCGAUGUGGCCAGGAAAAAGCAACGCAAGGCAAACACCAGUGCAAGUGUUACGCUCACCUACGACGACUUGCUGAAGCAGGAGCUGGAGCUGGAUGCAGAGCUGCAGAAGGUCGAGCAGGAGAUCGGCGCCUACCAGCAGAACGAGAAGCGCCUCAAGGAGCUGGCCGUCCAGCAGCAAAGCGACGGCGACGAUCUGGACAACUUCAUGGAUACGCUCAGCGAAAAUGUCACGCAGCUGGACAAGACAGAGAUUAAAAAACUGAGGAUGGAGCAGCAAAGGAUUAAAAGCGAGCAGCAAAAAUUGCAGCGCCUCAUAAAGAUUGCCAAGCCGACGGACUUGCCAUUUGUGACGCCCAACAACAAGACGUUGGACUCGAAUGUGGCCAAGAAGCAGCUGCCGAUGAUUGGCAAGCGAAAUCAAUUUAGUAAAUUUAAGGUGGUCAAAGCGGCGCCGAGCGUGCGAGCCAAGGCAGCCGACGAGCAGGAAGUCGAAGAGGAGGAAGAGGAGCAGGAGGAGAAGGAGAAGGAGGAGAAGGAGGAGGAGGAGGAGGGGAAGGAGGAGGCGCAGCAGUUGGAGGAGUUGACAAAGGAAACAGUUGCAAAGCCAGCAGCAGGAGAAGCCUCAAAGCAAGUAAAGCCAACGGCUGAGCCGCAAGUGGAACCGGACAAAAGCCAAUUCCUUAAAGCUAUUGAAGCGUCAGCUGAAACACCAACAGAUCCAACUGAACCGGAGGAGGAGAGUGCCGAUGAGGAUGAGGAGGCGGCGGCUCACAAGAAGCGACGUCAACGGGCGCGACAACGGAACAGCAAGCAGCGCCAAGAUGUGGACAUGGAUCUCAAUGAGCUGGCCGAGCACGAGGAUAGCGAAAAGUACGCCAAGUGGGUGCCGCCCACCAAUCAAAGCGGGGACGGCUUUACGCACCUGAACGAAAAGUUCGGCUACUGAAAAUACAUUUAACUAGCGCUAAGCAUAAAUUCAAGUGUCUAACUAAAAUAUGUGUCUAACUAAAAUAUUAUUAAGUUAAGCCAUUAAAUAUUAAAAAAUUUUUUUUUAUAUUUAAGACCUAGCAAA